GAAGAGACUCUUUCCCAGAGCACGUUGUAAGUGUGUGAAUCUAGCCCAGGCAUGGAAAACAGCUCAACUUACCCAGCUCCCUUUCUCCGACCCCCGGUAUUUACAGGGACACCACCACCAACACCACCUACUAGCCAAUGGCUACAUGGAUCAACACAUUCAUCACCUACAAACCAGUGGCCACCUGGACCACCACCUUCAGCAUCUAGUAACCAGUGGCCACCUGGACCACCACCUUCAGCAUCUAAUAACCAGUGGCCGCCUGGACCUUGGUAUGGAGGCUGGAACCAGUGGCCCCCACAAUAUAAUCAGCCCUAUUACCCCACACAGUAUUCAGGUGGACCUGGGUAUUAUGGCCAUGAAAGUCACAAGGAAGAUGGAAAUGGGAACAAUAUUUCAGAUGGUCAGUUUGAGAUGAGAGGACACAAGAGAAAACAAAAGAAGGAACCUGUUUACACACACUAUUGUGACACAUGUGACCGUGGCUUUAAGAACGUGGAGAAAUAUAAUGAACACGUUUCACAGCAUGUUAAGUGUGAAGUAGAUGGCUGCAGGUUCAAUGCCCAUGAGAAAUUGGUCCAGAUCCACUGGAAAAAUAUGCAUGGUCCUGGAGCAAAGAAAAUAAAACUUGAUACACCUGAUGAAAUUUCAAAAUGGAGAGAAGAAAGAAGAAAAAACUUUCCAACUCAAGAAACCAUUGCGAGGAAGAAGCAACUGCAAAAACAGAAGGAAGAGCGAGGAGACGUUUUAAAAACACAGCAGUUUGGUAAGAUGAAAGGGAUGUGGAAGGGCCCAGCAGGCGGUUGCAAUGAUGGACAGCAACGGAAACAUAAUAAAAAGCAAAGAAACUUUAGGAAAAAGUUCAAGAGAAAUGAAGCAGCCACACAGCACAGUGAAUCUGCUAACACAGAGCCAAAUAAAAUCAAUGUGCACAAAGAAAGGCAAAACAAGCCAGCUAAUGAGCAGUUUGUGGACCCCCUCAAUAUGCUGGCUGGCAGUGACCCUGUAGAAUCAGACAAAGAGGAAAAGGCUGUGAAUACAGGAUUGUGUGUAAUCCCAAAUCAGGUAACCACAGGCCUCAGCAGACUAAUAGCCAGCUAUGGAAGUUCAUCAGACAGUGACGACAAGCCUGACGAAUUCCAAAUAAAGACCGUGGCAAAGGCUUUAGAAGAGAACAAAAUUAUACUUCAGAAAAAUGUCCAAAGUGAAAACACAAUAAAAUUCCCAAAUACACAGAAUGCAGAUUCACAAAACCGCUCACUACAGAACAAAGGGCCUCAGAGUAAAUUUGUACCGCAGAGCAGGAAACCUGGAAAACAGGAAAAGAAGCCCCACAAUGCUCCGAUCAAACAUCGACCUACUCUUCUGGAAAUGUUAUUGGCUCAUGACAUACGCCAUGAAAGGAAUGUGAUUCUGCAGUGUGUACGGUAUAUACUCCAAAAUGACUUCUUUGAUGCCCCGCUGGACAUUAAAGCACAUGAAAGCACCACCAAUGGCAUAAGUAAUGGUUUUCUUCCCGAAGGUGGAAGUGUUAAUGCAGAUAAUAGGCUUGAAAUGCAUGGUGAACAGCAGAGUGUUUCAGAUAAUGGAUUGCGUAAAGAAAAGGAGGAUAAUGAGGAUGAAGUCUUUAAUCAUGCCAGCCAGCAAUCCACUAUCGUGGAUGACGAAAUUUGGGAAACCCCAGCCAGCUAUAUAGACAGAGCCGAAGUAUAAAAAUUCUGUACACUUAAAUGGACAUUGAUUUAAGGACCCUGAUUUCGCUAUUGUAAUACACGUAUAUAGUUCUCCAGAACGGAGGACAGAAUUUAUAGCAAGCAUCUUUUGUAUGCUGAAUAACUUUCACUGUCAGUUUUUUUGUGAGAAACACAAAUGGGACAUAUUUUUUUUUU